AUGUGGCCUUAUUUUUUAUAUCAACUCUCGUUUACAAUUAUUUGUUACUUUUUACAAGUAUGUUUAUCAAUUAAUUUGACAACAACUUAUUGGGAUUUGGAUUUAUUACAAUAUCCAAUUGUUCUACUUCUCAAACCAUUAUUCGGUGGUAAUUCUAUUGUUUUUGUUACAAGUUGGUUUAUAACAGAUUUGUGGCUUAUACUAAUCUUUAUGCAAUUUAUCUACAAUAACAAGAGUAAUGAUAAGAAAAUUGAUUUUGUUUAUUUUGUUUGCUUUUUGUUAAUAACAUUAGUUAAUAUUAAGUGGUCAUAUACAUCACCUCGUCCUACAACACUACAAAAUACUUUCAAUUAUCUUCAACAUAGUCUAUUUAAGCGUAUUUUUAUUCGAACGUCAUUUAGUUUAUUAUUUCUUUUUUGUGGAAUAAUUUACCGUGCACAUAUUGAAAAAUAUCAGAAAUUAUUAUUUACAGGAAUAAAUUUUUGUUUAGCAUUUAUUAUUAUAUGUCAGUUGGACUAUUAUCAUAACAAUAAUAUUUACUUUCACCAUUUCAAUGCUGAAUUUUCAUCUGCACCAAUUUGGUUACCUAUUUUAACAUCUAUUAUUGGCAUCUAUAUGUUUAUGUUUCUUGCAAAAUGUGUCUCAAAACAUAUUGAUGAUAAUGAUAUUUUACUUAAGAUUGCUCGAUGGACAUACACUAAUGCUAAAGAAUCGUUUUUAACUCGUGUACAAGAAAUUAAUCUCAAUUUUCACCACAAAUGCGAACAAGAGGGCAGAUCUCGUGCUUCACUAUUUGUUACUUUCAAUGGUACGGGUGGCGUUUGGCGAGCAUCGGCCAUUGAACAAGCUGGUGGAUGGCAUACGGAUACGGUUGUCGAAGAUUUAGACUUAGCAUUGCGAGCUCAUUUAAACGGUUGGCGUGCGCAUCAUCAUCAAUCAAUAUUAAAAAUACCAUCAAAUCGUACUAUUCAUGUUAAUAUUCGAUCAACAAAUGAUAAAUCUAUCAAUCGAUAUACAAGUUUACAUUCAACACCUAUUGCUGACUACAAAAUGUAUCAUUAUCGAGAUGAUGCACAAAAGACAAGAAAUAAUCGAACAUUUCAACAACAUUCAAAAAAUAUUUUAGAUUUUUCUAAUUCAUAUUUUAUCAAAGUUAAUGAUUCAACAAAAAAUUCUCAACAAUAUAUGAAUUUAUCAACAAACUCUGAUAAUAUGGAGAAUUAUUCACAGUCAAUUAUUGUAAAAACUAAAAUUCAUCGAAAACAAUUGAUCUUAAUGUUUACUCGAGUAGCUAUACUUCGAUGGAAUCAAACAAAUAUUACUGUAGCAGGUAUUAGUGGAACAUCAGGAAAUGUCAGUGAUCAACUCAAUACACCAGUAGAUGCAAUACUAGACUAUCAAAAUACACUAUAUAUUGCAGAUUAUAAUAAUCAUCAAAUUCAAAAAUACUUAGUGGGUGCUUCACACGGUACAACUAUAUGUGGAAAUGGAACACGUGGUUCAUCUUUAAAUCAAUUGGCAUUUCCUUCACAGGUGCUGGUUGACUUCAAUGGAAAUAUUCGUGUGACAGAUUUAGGAAAUCAUCGAAUUUUAUUCUAUAAUGGUACAUCAACGGGAAUUCUUAUUGGAAGUACUGGUGGUUACGGUGUUUUAAACAAUCAAUCUAGAAAUCUUUACGGUAUUGAAUAUGAUUCUGCUUCCGAUACACUUUACAUAGCAGACUAUUCAAAUCAUAGAAUCAUGUGUUAUGUAUCGGGAGCAUCAUCAAGUUCUUUGGUUGCUGGCAAUGGUACAUUGGGAAUUGGUAUCACACAAUUAGAAUACCCUGUCCGUAUUUAUCUUGAUUCAUUCACAAACAAUCUUAUCAUUGUCAAUCAUAUAGCCAAUAAUAUUGUUCGUUGGCCAUUAGGUGACAGUAGUUGGACACUGGUCGCUGGUGAUAUCAAUGGAAAUGCCGGAAAUAAUGCAACUACAUUAAAUCAUCCAACAUAUGUGAUUUUAGAUCCUAUGGAAGGAAUAACAAUUGCUGGAGUAACAAGUGUUAAUGGUAGUAAUUCUACAUUGUUUAAUAAACCUUGGUCAGUAGAACUUGAUAGUCAACUUAAUUUAUAUGUUGCUGAUUCAUAUAAUCAUAGAAUACAAAAGUUUCUACGAUAUUGA